GAUCGCUAUGACGUGUUAAUGGUUGGGGAAAGGGGCGGGGCUAGGCGCCGGUAGAUGGUGUCGAAAGAAAAGCGGCGAGCCGGGUGAAAGAAAGCCUCGCACCGAAGAAGUUUCCAAGGAUUUUUUUCCCCCGAAACUCAGGUGUUUCAGGUGCCUUUACCACCGGGGCCCUUGCCACCCUGACAGUCUCCACAGAGUGUGGCAUUUUUUUCCUUGUGUGAGUGUGUCUGUACGUGUGUGUGGGGGGGGAGAAACGGUUCAGCUUGCUUUGUGCGCUUCACUAUGGGUGACAUCAGUGAUCUGGACCGACAGAUCGAUCAGCUGAGGAGAUGUGAGCUCAUCAAGGAGAAUGAGGUCAAGGCUCUUUGUGCCAAAGCCAGGGAGAUUCUUGUAGAAGAGAGUAAUGUACAGAGGGUGGAUUCUCCAGUCACAGUGUGUGGUGAUAUCCAUGGGCAGUUUUAUGACCUGAAGGAGUUAUUCAGAGUGGGGGGUGAUGUUCCAGAGACAAACUAUCUUUUCAUGGGAGAUUUUGUGGACAGAGGCUUUUACAGUGUCGAGACUUUCUUGCUGCUUCUGGCUCUCAAGGUGCGUUACCCUGACAGAAUCACACUGAUCCGCGGCAACCACGAGUCCAGACAGAUCACGCAGGUGUACGGCUUCUACGACGAGUGCUUAAGAAAGUACGGUUCUGUCACAGUGUGGCGGUACUGCACCGAGAUCUUCGACUACCUCUCCCUGUCGGCCAUCAUCGACGGCAAGAUUUUCUGUGUGCACGGUGGCCUCUCACCCUCCAUCCAGACUUUAGACCAGAUCCGGACCAUUGAUAGGAAACAAGAAGUGCCACACGACGGGCCGAUGUGCGACCUCUUGUGGUCAGAUCCAGAAGAUACUACAGGCUGGGGUGUGAGCCCAAGAGGAGCGGGCUACCUGUUCGGCAGUGAUGUCGUGGCCCAGUUUAAUGCUGCUAAUGACAUAGACAUGAUCUGUCGAGCUCACCAACUCGUCAUGGAGGGCUACAAGUGGCACUUCAAUGAGACCGUGCUCACUGUGUGGUCUGCACCCAACUACUGCUAUAGGUGUGGGAACGUAGCAGCCAUUCUGGAGCUGGAUGAACACCUGCAAAAAGAGUUUAUUAUAUUUGAAGCAGCCCCACAGGAAACUAGAGGGAUUCCCUCCAAAAAGCCUGUGGCCGACUACUUCCUGUGAGCCUACUGCAACAGUAGGAAAGGAAACGCCACCUUUUGCAGGAAGAGUCGUCAUACAUUUACCUGUAUUUCUCUCAUUCCCACCCUUCCCUGCCCAGUUGUCUUAAAUGUUUUUUUCUUUUUUUUUUUUUCUUUUUUCACUUUACUUUUUCUACUUUAUUUUUUUCCUUUUUGUCUUUCUGCUUAUUUUCUCUUUUAGCCACAAACCAUCACCCUGGACAUCUAUUUUUACACACACGUACACAGAGACUGGCUUUGUAGUUCCUCAUACUGCUGUAAAGUCACUUGCUCUCAUAUAUACACUGUAGCUAUAUGCAAUUCUAACCAAUGUGAAUAGCACUAUGGUCGGUUGUAAGCAGCAGGGAAAUGGAGGUAAAGACUGAUAUGACCUUUUGCAGACUCAAGAGCCCUCAUUUAUGUUAAAGGAAGUUUUCAGAUUAUCUGCAUUACUUUUUAAUUACUUUUUUCAUCUUCUGUAUUCCUUGUUUUAAUUGUAUGGGCAAAGAAAAGUGACACUACUGCCCAAUGUUAUAGUUUAUGCUUUUUUUCCCCCCCCUCUGAAGCCCAGGUCUUACAGAUUUUGGCUUUUGUGAAGGAAUGCCUACAAUCCCUGCAGUGAUUAACAGCCACACUGGAAAGUAUUCAAAUAAAACCAAACUGUUUUAGGCAAAAUGUUUUUUUUUGUUUUGUUUUGUUUUUUUGUUUUUUUUUCCCCAUCUGAUUUCUCAAUAGAGAAAAUGUUGAUUUUUAUUAUUAUUUGUGACAAUAAACUGUACUUUUGUAUGAACAUAA